AUGAAUCCAUCCCAAGUCAGCAGAGACCUCAAGUCUCCGGGGCUGUCAGGCAGGCACCUUUCCCGAGCACUAAACAUAUCCGGUUGUGGCAAAGGUGGAAAGGGGCUGGGUAAGGAAGGUGCUAAGAGGCACCACGAGGUCUUACGCGACAACAUCCAGGGCGUUACGAAGACUGCGAUCCGCUGGUUGGCUCGUGGCGGCAGCGUGAAGCACAUCUCAGGGCUGAUCUAUGAAGGGACCCGUGGGGUGCUGAAGGUUUUCCUGGAGAACGUGAUCCGCGAUGCGGUGACCUACACCAAGCGGAAGACGGUGACGGCCACGGGUGUGGUGUACGCCCUGAAACGCGAGGGGUGCACCCUGUAUGGCUUCGGAGGCUGA